CGAGUCAGUGAUAGCAAGUGACCAUUAGAACAAUGCAGCAAGAAAUCAGACAGAGCGUAAAAUUUCACUAUUUCGCGCUUCUAGUUGCUUUCAGUUUAAUUGGGUGCUUAUUUCUCACUGUGACGGAAAACAAUGAAGAGCAGAAACUGAAAAAGAGGCGCAUCAUCUAUAUUUUGGACAAAGACAACUCUGAGGAAUACGAUUUCGGUGGAAACCUGACGCAACGUUUACCAAAAGCUUUGAUCAUUGGUGCCAAAAAGUGCGGGACCGCUGCUCUCAUUGAAUUCAUUAACAUUCAUCCCAGGAUCCGUAUAAGUCAUACAGAAAUUCAUUUUUUCGACAACAACGAAACUUAUGUACGAGGCUACGGUUGGUACAGGUCUCAGUUACCCUUGUCAAAACCAAAUCAAAUUACAAUUGAAAAAUCACCCAAAUACUUUGUUUCCAAACCUGCUCCUUUGCGAAUCCAUGAAAUGAACUCCACCAUCAAACUUAUCUUGAUUGUGCGUGACCCUGUGCAAAGGGCGAUUUCUGACUACGUCCACAUUAGAUUUGCCCAUCAUGCUCAUGACUCGGAUUUGCCGCCUUUUGAGUCACUGGCGAUUGACAAUGCGACUGGCAAAGUGAACACCGAGUGGGCCCCAAUCAAAGUGGGAAUGUACGCGCAAAAUCUCCAAAGGUGGCUGAAAGUAUUCCCUCGAGAACAGAUUCUGGUCGUCUCGGGGGAAAUAUUAAUCGAAGACCCUCUGAUGGUAGUGGAGCAAGUGGAGGAUUUCCUCGGACUCGAGCCAUUGAUCACAAAGGAACACUUUUUCUUCAAUGAAGAAAGGGGAUUCAUGUGCUCGAAGAACUUCCAGAUGACCAGAAAUAAGUGUAUGCACGAGGCUAAAGGGAGGGAACAUCCUGAUGUGGACCAAAAAGUGCUUGCAAAACUUAAAGAAUUUUACAAGCCUUUCAACGAAGAGUUUUACAAAAUGGCAGGCAUUAAUUUUGGCUGGAAAUGAUAUGAAUCAAUGUGCAAUAAAUAAAAUUCAUAAUUAUGUUCUCA